AUGUCGUCCUUCGCUUCAAAGUUGAGCAACAUCAAUGAAACUCAGGACUCAAUUAACUACCUAUCCGGGUAUAUGCUACAAAAUGAGCCCUCAUCUAAGUCGUUUAUUGAUACAUGGAAAUCGCAAGUGUUGAACGCCCCAUCACCUACCAAGCUCUUACUACUAUACCUAUGUAACGAUGUCAUCCAAAAAGCCAAGCGUCAUCAUAAGCAGAAAUAUAUAACAGACUUUUUUGGACCCCUUUUGGAGGUGAUUAACCCCAUUUACCACAGCGUUGAUUCAAAUAUACAGAAAAAGAUUGACAGGCUCAUCUCAGUUUGGGAGCAGAGAUUGGUGUUUGACACUGAAGGUAUAAGAAAAUUGAAAGAACGUGUGGCUCAGCCUCCAGAGAGGCAAACGGCCCUCACUGCUACAACUAUACUUCCCGAGCUUCAACUCAUCGACGAUUUGUACAAGCGACUUGACGACUUGACCAAUAUAAGUCAAGGGAAUCUCACCCAAUUGGGUAUUCAGUCUAAAACCUACUUGAACUUGGACGCAGACACAUUACCUGAAACUCAAGUCCAUCUCAACAAGCUAAAAGUGUUGGAGAAAUUAAGCAAUGUGUCGAUAAAAAACAUAGAAAGCAUAAAAUCCACUCGUGUGGAAAUUAAAUCACAAUUAGAGAAAUUGCUUCAAUCGGUAGAGAGCGGAUUUCAAACGGACGAUACCAAAAUUGCCGUUAUCAAUAACAAACUAAACAAGAUCGAUGAAACAAGGCGUGCUUUACUGGGCGUUGUUGAAAGUUCUGACGACGAAGAGAUGCCCAAGUACGAGGAAGAAGAUUCUGAUGACGAACCAAGAAAGAGGAAAGCAUCUCCCAGCCCGUCUGGUGGUUCCACCCCUAAGAAGGUUGCUUUUGCCAAAGACGUCCAGGUGAAUGAGUACGAAAACAAAACAAAAGGAGAUGACGAAUCAGAGGACGACGACAAGUCAGAAAAGGAGGACACACCAAGUGCAGAAGUUAUGGAUAUACUAAAUAAACUAACCUAG